AUGCUAAAUGGAAAGAAGCAACGAGCACUGGUCUUCGUAGAUGAUGAAGAUGGCGACCUUCUGCCAAAGAUUGACUUGACGGAACCGCUCGAACCCCAUUCCAAACGAACGGAACGGCGGCGCCGGAAGCUCGGCCGGAAAGCCAAAAUUCCGGCCGCUGAACCUCGAAGACUCUUGGAUUUACCAUACGAAAUUCUCAUGGCCAUCUUGACACUCCUUCGUCCCAGCGAGAUUUUCGUUCUUUGCCGAGUAACCAGCUCGCUGCGCAGCUUCAUUCUCUCGGAGGAGGCCACCAUUUGCAAGAGCAUCAUCAACCUACGCUACUCCACCAUCAAGCGAUGCUUUUUGCGUCCGGUUCUGGCCAACGAUCUGGAUUCCACGGUCCGCGCUGUGCUUGAGUACUACGAACGCCUAAGGCUGAUUACAUCCUCUCGGUCACCUUUCCAACACAUUCAGGCCCCUGAUUCUUCACUCAUUUGCACGUGUCUCACGUGUCUGCAUCGAUGGAACUCGCUCUGCAUCGUCGUUGAUUUUGCCCAUUGGCAGGACAACCUCGACCAGGGCGAGCCAAUCCCCAUGGUCCCUCGAGGCAGCUUUCCAGCCUGGAACCAGGAGCUCCUCGCCAGGAAUGCAAGCAUCGUGACGAGGUCAUUGACCAGUCCCCUCUGGUAUGCCAGGAUCCUUGAGGCGCAUCUUGAUUCCAUCACGCGGUCCAUCCGCCGUCACGGGCAGAACAAAGGGAACAGGCGCCGUCGUUUUCUCAUGACGGAUGAAGACAUGCGGGCUGGCACAGACGUCUUCCUGGAGCGCAAUGGGCCGCCCACCGUGGACAUCCCUUUCCACCGCGACAAUUACUACAUGCUGGAAGCCUUCCUGCCGAACAGGAGCUGGAUCUCGGAGCUACAGAAGUGGGUUUAUCUGCCGGCGGAUCAGCAUGACAAGGAUGUUGAGCGUGCCCUGAAAUGGCACGCUAAUAGUGUUGACCAACAACGACGGCAAGCUGAGGCGCAGAAACCCUGA